CUUUUGUUGACUAAUGCGGCUAGACAAAAGAGAGACAUUUCAAAAAGAAAUGGCUAUUGAAGUAAAAUGAAUCCAAAGACGUGUGCAAUGGAAAAUCCUCUGGGUUCGUUGUGCACCAACCCUCAUCAUCUCAAUAUCUGGAAGGCCAGAGAGCUCUAUUCUCGGAGAACACACAGUCUAUUUAUGGAGAGAGAAAAAAUGACCGAUCAGAAUCAGUCGAAGAGGAGGUUGAGAGUGUGUGUGGCAACAUGCAACCGUGCAGACUACUCCAAGCUGGCCCCCAUCAUGUUUGGCAUCAAAUCACAGCCUGAGGAGUUUGACCUGGAAGUCGUGGUGCUUGGUUCGCAUCUCAUCGAUGACUAUGGGAACACUUUUCGCAUGAUCGAGCAGGAUGACUUUGACAUCGGCUCUAAGCUCCACACCAUCGUGAGAGGAGAGGAUGAGGCAGCCAUGGUGGAGAGCGUCGGGCUGGCACUGGUGAAACUCCCUGAUGUCCUGCAGCGGCUAUGCCCUGACAUCCUGAUCGUCCACGGUGACCGUUUUGAUGCACUUGCCCUGGCGACUGCUGCAGCACUGAUGAACAUUAGAAUACUUCACUUGGAGGGUGGAGAGGUGAGUGGUACGAUUGAUGACUUGAUCCGCCAUGCUAUUAGUAAACUGUCCCAUUACCACGCCUGCUGCACACCUCGGGCAGAGCAGUACCUCAUUGCCAUGUGUGAGGACCAUUCUCGCAUCUUGCUGGCUGGCUGCCCUUCUUAUGAUAAGCUGCUGUCAACUAAUCACAAAGACGACUACAUGGAUAUUAUCAAGAGCUGGCUGGGUGACAAGGUGCAGAGGCAUGAUUAUGUCGUGGCUUUGCAGCACCCAGUCACGACAGACAUCCAGCACUCCAUAAAGAUCUAUGGACUGAUGCUGGAUGCCCUCCUCUCCUUUAACAAGAAGACCCUCAUCCUCUUCCCUAACAUCGAUGCCGGCAGUAAGGAGAUGGUGCGUGUGAUGCGGAAAAAGGGCAUUGAGCAGCACCCCAACUUUCGUGCGGUGAAGCACAUUCCCUUCGAGCAGUUCAUCCAGCUGGUGUGCCACGCCGGCUGCAUGAUCGGAAACAGCAGCUGUGGCGUGCGAGAGGCUGGGGCCUUUGGCACCCCCGUCAUUAACCUUGGAACCAGGCAGACUGGCAGAGAGACUGGUGAAAAUGUUCUACAUGUCAGAGAUGCUGAUACUCACAACAAGAUCUACCAUGCUCUGGAGCUGCAGUUUGGGAAGAGAUACCCCUGCUCUAAGAUUUAUGGCGAUGGCAAUGCCGUGCCUCGUAUUCUCAAAUUCCUGCGAAGCAUUGACCUGGACGAGCCACUCCAGAAGACCUUCUGCUUCCCGUCAGUGAAAGACUCCAUCUCCCAAGACAUCGAUCACAUCCUGGAGACACAGAGCGCUCUUUCCGUUGACCUGGGAGGGACCAACCUCAGAGUGGCUAUCAUCUGCAGGAAGGGUAACAUAGUAAAGAAGUACUCUCAGCCCAAUCCAAAGACCUUUGAGGCCAGAAUGCAACUCAUAUUAAAGAUGUGCUUUGAUGCCAUGCGGGACGCUGUGAGCCUCAACUGCAGAAUAUUAGGCGUUGGAGUGUCAACAGGUGGACGUGUAAACCCACAGGAAGGUGUGGUCUUGCAUUCAACAAAGCUGGUCCCAGAAUGGUCCUCGGUUAACCUGAGAACACCCAUCUCUGAUGCCCUGCACCUCCCUGUCUGGGUCGACAACGACGGCAACUGCGCUGCAUUGGCCGAGAGGAAAUUUGGUCAUGGCAAAGGAGUGGAGGACUUUGUGACGAUCAUCACUGGAACAGGUAUUGGAGGCGGAAUCAUCCAUAACAGUGAGCUGGUCCAUGGCAGCUCCUUCUGUGCCGCAGAGCUGGGCCACAUCAUGGUUUCCUUAGAAGGCCCAGAGUGUUCAUGUGGCAGCCAUGGAUGCAUUGAGGCUUAUGCGUCCGGCCAGGCCCUGCAGAGAGAGGCCAAGAGGCUGCACGACGAGGACCUGCUGAAGGUGGAGGGGAUGGAGAUGAAACUUUCUGAGCAUGUCACAGCUGCCCACCUCAUCAGCGCAGCCAAACUGGGGAACUCCAAAGCCAACGCUGUCCUGAACAGAGCCUGCACAGCUCUCGGCGUGGGCAUUGUCAACAUCCUCCACAUAGUGAACCCCUCACUGGUGAUUCUGUCUGGAGUCUUGGCCUCAUACUACGUGACUCCUGUGCAGCACAUCAUCGCUGAGAGAGCCCUCUUCUCUGCCCAGAGCAUCAAAGUUGUCACAUCAGACUUGGAGGAACCUGCAUUACUUGGAGCUGCCAGCAUGGUGUUAGACUAUGCAACUAGAAGAACAUAUUGAAGGAAAUAGUCGUGAUACGCUGGGGACCGAUACCAAAAAGAAGCAAAGCAAGACUGAAAGGAAAGUAGUACCUGUAACACCUAGAUAAAUACAUAAACAUAUAUGUAUAGAGGAUACAUUUUAGAGAGUGAAUGAAAUUGUGUCAGUCUUGAGGAAAAAUCUAACAUUUUAUACAUACUCAUUUUUUAUGUCUUGCUCGUUCAUAACCUGGAUGAGUUAAGUACUGUACAAAAAAGCCCCAAGGCUAGAAUUAACUACAAAUUAAUUUUUAAGCCAAAAUGACACAUUCAAUACAGGACUCCCCCACAUGUGAUGUGAUUUCUCACCGAGAGGUCAGCUGAGAAAUGGUAACACUUGUUUCAGAUGUGUAUCAUCUUCUCUAUUGUCUCUACAUGCUUUCUCACUUUACUUGUAUGGAGUAGUUAUCUCUUUUUCAGAUUAAAGAGUUACUGUCCAGUUACUGUAUCACAUUUGAAUUUCCUGUCUGUAUUUCAAUUAUUUUAAAAAACACAUGUGCUUUAGGAAGGUUAGUUCAGUCGGUGGUCUAAGAUGCAAUACCUGGUCAUUAUAAAAUCAGUAUAAAUACUAUGCUGGCUCAUAUUAAUGAAAUGUUUAGGCAGCAAAUGUGCAUUAUCACUUAUAUCUGUGUGGGUCAUUUGCCUGAAUCAGGUCCAAUUUUUUUUUACAUUACAUAAUCACAGACUUAUGAAGAUUUUAAGUAUAUUUUAUGCCUCUCUGAGAUAUAUUGUAUCUCUGGUUAUGAGGUUUGCAUGUGCCAUUAUAAACUGUAUUCUACAUGUCAUGCUUAAUUAUUUUUUUUGGUACAUUUCUAUGUAAUUUAAUUUCUGUUGAUCUAAAUAAAUAUUUCAAUAUUG